AUGGACAAAGGUUUCAAACUAGCUUGGCUCUUGGCGCUUGCAUUGAUGAUGCCAAUGGCCUUUGCCAAAAGCUCCUCAGUUGAUCAAUCGACGAAAGCAAAAGCAGCAAGUAAGCUUGGUGGAAACGGAGAUAUCAUUGAUUACAUGGCUAGUCUUGGACAACCGGGUCUGGAGGCGAUUCACAAGCUUGUGCAUUCGACGUCAACAACCAAGAUCGACCGUCACGAGCGCGCCAAAGACCAAAUGCGCCAGCUUAAAUACGCAUCUCAUUUCCAACACGGCGUCACUGGAGAUCGAAUCAGCGCUGUCGAGUCCCUGAAAGCCAGCAUUGAAGCCAAAGUCCCUGAUGCAAGCCUGCAUGAAGCUUUCACACGCGCCAUCGAGCUCACGAUGACUCACUUCGAGGGUUCCAUCCGGGAUCAAGAUUUUGUUUUCAAUUCUCCAGAUGGAUCCUUGCAUAUGAUGAUCUUGCGCUGGUCGACCGGCCCAGCCGGCACUACUUUUGCGUACAACUUUGGCCUGUUCAAAAUGGAUUUCAAGCUCCAAAACGAUCGCAUUUUCAAAACCGUGCAGAAGUCGAAUUUCUUUCGAUCCAAGAGCUACGUCACGAUGGAAGAGCUGGCGCCAUCUUUGGAUUUGGAAACCACAUUGGCGUUUGCCGCGUUUGCUGUGGAUGCCCACCUUCAUCUCGAGAAGCAAGCCAAUAGCGAUAUGGACCCUUUGCGCAUGCUCGCGGCAAGAUACGAAAACCAUCCCAUGAUCCUUGGCGCCCACAGCGGUCGAGCGAUGCAGGAGCUCUAA